AUGGAUAAUGUGUCUUAUCCUGUGAUACUGACUCUUAUGGUGCCAAAAGAAACUAAAUCCUACAAGCAUAUAUAUUUUAUAUGCUUUCUAGCCUUAUAUCUCCUUAUUCUAUCAAUUAAUAUUCGUCUUGUUAUGGUCAUCAUAAUGGAGAAAGCUCUUCAUGAACCAAUGUACAUAUUCUUAUGUUAUGUGUGUAUAAAUGGGGUUUUUGGAGCCUCUGGAUUCUACCCAAAAAUUUUGUCUGAUUUAAUAUUUGACUCAUAUGUGAUCUCCUUUCAGAUGUGUGCUCUGCAAGCCUAUGUUAUCUACAGUUCUUUACUUUCUGAGAUCACGAUAUUAACACUAAUGUCUUAUGAUAGAUAUGUAGCCAUAUGCAAACCUUUAGAGUAUCAUUCCAAAUUAACUAAAAUCACCUGUGUGAAAUUAAUUCUGUUCUCAUGGAUUUUUACCAAUGGCUUUUGUGUUACAACAGCCCUGUUAACAAACUUGAGACCUUUCUGUAAAUAUCACAUUGACAAAUUAUAUUGUGACAACUGGUCAAUUGUAAAACUGUCUUGUGUAUCAUCUUUUGUUAAUAACGUCUUUGGAUAUGCUAUGACUGUUAUAUUUUCUAGCUUUAUAAUUCUUAUCAUAGUGUCCUACUUUAAACUGAUCUCUGCAUGUAAAGCAUCUUUAGAAAGCAGAAGGAAAUUCUGGCAAACAUGUCUGCCACACAUAUUAUCACUGAUAAAUUUCACUUCUGCAUAUUUUUUUGAUAUCUUGUAUAGUAGAUAUGGUUCAAAUGACAUUCCAGAGAGUUUGCGUAAUUUUUUGGCUCUUGAACUGGUGAUAGUCCCACCUGUGUUCAAUCCUCUAAUCUAUGGGUUAAACAUUAGAGCAGUGCGUAAAAGAGUUAUCCCUUCUUGUGUUGCAGCAAGUGAAAAUGUUUUGAAAAGGGUGAAAAUUUAA